AUGGAUAUUGUGGGAGAUCGCAUAGAGAAUUUGGAGGGCCGUAUGGAGAAGCGCUUUAAAGAUGUGGACGGACGACUGGAUAGUAUCGAAGGUCGUCUUGACCAUUUGGAGGGCAGUAUGGAGAAGCGCUUUAAAGAUGUGGACGGACGACUGGAUAGUAUCGAAGGUCGCCUUGACUAUUUUGAGGGCAGGUUCAACAACUCUGAGGGCAUUCGGAGAAAUAAGACUCGUUACCGAUUAUUCCAUAAAAUUGAUGCAAUUGCCAUGUACAAACACAAUCCGGAGCGCGGCAGGUGUGAGUGGAUGGUGUCUACCGAUUUUCCCAAGCAUCUAAAGGCUCUUCGAGACAUGGGGAAUCAUGCCAAAGGCUAUUGGACCGAUGCGGAAAAGAAUGGAAUCCCUUUACCGAGGAGAAAUACAUUACAACUAGAAUCCCUCAGAAAGAUUGAGAAGCUCGCUAGCUUUUAUAAUAUUGCCAUUAUUAAUGACAAUCAAAGUGAAACUGAUGCCACUGAAGUUGACCUCCAUCCAUCUAAUGUCGACGAUUUCCUCGAAGCCUUAGCUGAUGAGUGGGGCUUGGAAUGGUAUGAUAUUAUGCGGAUUCCCGAUAACGAACCCAACUUACUUGCUGGGAAAAAACGUGGAGCCAGGUUCUGGGAAGACAGAAAUCUAAGACGACUAUCUGAAGUGUGGACAGGUUAUGGCUUGUCCUUUAUCAAGCGAGAACCCUCACACAUCACUGGAUUCCCGCUGUAUCCGUGUGUAGUCUCUGCGUAUCAGUACGCCCAGGAAGGGAUAACGAUGCCGGUCAUCCACUUGUUGGAAACCAAGCAGGUCUUGCACUCUAAUGGGGCGUCUGUUUCUGAUUUACCUUGUGGGGUAUUUUCCAAAGUGUGGCAGAAGUUGAACCUGGGCCUAGGCACUGAGUUUCUCCCCAAAACCCCUUCAUGA